AUGGAAAGGAUUACCAAGCACCGAAGCGUCGCGCAGGACUCGAUCAGCACGGCCAUGUGGUCUAUCGAGCAGACGGCAGCGCGUGUAAAGGGGAGAAGUUGGACUGUGGUCCGUGGCGAGUUCCAAGCUGCUUCACACGCGAUCUGCCUCCUGUGCGAGUAUGGAUAUCACGACGACACUGAUGGUAUGCAGUCUACCGCAGGACCAGCUGGAGCCCCGCCCAUUGUGACCCAUACGUAA